GGGGCCAGGACCUGACCCCUGUAGCCGCGGGGAAGGCACGUUCCCACCCCCAGUCCCGACUCCUACCUACCUACCCUGCUACCUAGCCUCAAGGGGAAGGGGAGAGAAGGGAAGGGCUCCAGUUGGAGGUUCUUAGAACAGGGUCCUCCUGAAAAGAGAACCGUUCGUCAUUCUUCUUCUAUUCUGCCGACUUAGACUUCCAGAAGCGGGUCAUUUCACCUUCACCUAUGUACCACCAAGGAUUCGCCUAGGUAGGCCUAGAACAUAUUUUGUCUCUUUAGCCACCCGUCUUACGCUUUCAUCCUCGGAAGACGUGCUGGUCCAAAUACACCGACACUACCUCUUGCCUAGGUAUGCUGGGAACACUCAGUCCGCAUCCGUAAGGCAGAUCUCGAUCAUCAUUCUCUUCAAAACCCCAGCGAGGCCUCGAACAGAUGGUCCUCCCACCCGAUACGACGCCAAACCCAGGUCCCAUCUCUCUCUUUCUCCCAGCCAUGUCCGCCACUACCGCAGAACCAACCUCAUCCGAGGCACCGACCUCGACCUCAGCCCCGGCCUCAGGACCCCCCGCGGCAACCCCUCUGCCCCCUCGUCCCAAGUCUUCGGUCCAGCAAAGCCCUAUCCCUGCCGCCCCCGCCGUUGCCGCUGCCGACCAUCCUCGUCCUUCCCCAGACUUCAAGCUUCCCAAGCUCCGCCUUGAGGUUCGAGAUCUCAACGACCCGGCCGCCGUUCGUUUUCUCUCCGCCGUGAAUGCUGGCAACGCCCUUACCACCGCCGUCCGCUCCGUCCUGACCCUGCUCUACGAGUCUCCCUCGUGCCACACCACUCACGUUCCGUCAACCCGUUCCGUCACCCUUAUUCUCCGCCAUAUGGACGGCGUCGCCUACACUACGGGCUCUGAUCUCGAUGAUGACCACAAAGAGAUCCACUUCUCCUUGUCUUACAUCGCCAGCAUCUCCGCCGAGCGCCGCACCGACGAGAUCAUGGGCGUUCUCACCCAUGAGAUGGUCCACUGCUUCCAGUACAACGCCCGUGGCACCUGCCCGGGUGGACUAAUCGAGGGCAUUGCCGACUGGGUCCGUCUCAACGCACACCUGAGUCCGCCUCACUGGAAGCGCGAAGCGAGUGGCAACUGGGACGGCGGGUACCAGCACACGGGCUACUUUCUCGACUACCUCGAGAGUCGCUUUGGCGCUGGCACGGUAAGGAGGAUAAACGAGAAGCUCCGCACCCAGCUGUACAAGGAAAAGGAAUUCUGGACAGAGCUGCUGGGCAGGCCUGUUGAACAGCUUUGGAAAGAUUACGGUAACAAGAUGAAGGAUGACGAGGCGGUUAUCGUCAACAAGGACGAUAUAUCCGACGACGAUGUCAGACUGGACAGGAUCAGGGCUGCUGAUGAAAAAGUUGUUCCUGUGUAAGCGGUCGAAACUAUGCCACAUUUGCCAUUGUUUUCCGGGUGAUCGCAUGAUACUUUGCGACACAUCCGUUUGUCGUAAGCUUGAAAGGCGUUCUGCAGUCAUAUCAUCGGGGAAAUGUACCAAGACGAUGCGUAUCACGCAUGAGAGACAUAUGGAAACAAA